GCUUGGGUGAAGGUUAUCGGUUUUUUUCUCGACGCUUAUCGCCACGUGAAGACGUGAACCCGCAAGAAACACGACCAGUUGUAUCAGUGCAUCGACUCGAUCCCGCCCCAAUCUAGGCCAAGCUUGAUAUUACAAGUAGGAGAUUCUGCUCCGGCGUAGGUUGUCACCCACGCACGGCACUUGCAAUUUACCCCAGUUACCUACGUCAGUUGUCAUAGUUCGCCAUGGUCCUCCAGCUCCAUGUCUGGGGCCCGGCAUUCGGCCUGCCGUCCAUCGACGCCGAGUGUAUCGCCGCCAUCGCAUACCUCGCCCAAACCGUUAGUCCGGCCGACUACCAGCUCAUCCAGAGCAGCCCCUCGGCGGUUCCAACCCAGCACCUCCCCGCCCUUUACAACCCCUCCAGCUCUACCUGGACAAGCGGCUUCUCCUCCAUCACAACCCACCUCCUCGCCCACCCCCCCUCACCCCCCCAAAAACAAAAACAACCAACAACCCCCCACCCCCCCACCACUACCACCACCACCACACAAACAGCCGACAGCACCGCCUACACGGCCUUCCUAACCGCCCACGCCGCGCCCCUCCUCUCCCUAUCCCUCUACGUCUCCUCCGCCAACUACAGCACCACGACCCGGCCGGCCUACAGCGCGCUCCUCCCGCUCCCGCUGCCCUGGACGGAACCCCCCGCUUUGCGCGCCGCCCACGCCCGCCGCGCGGCCCCCCUGGGCCUGUCGGCGCUCGACACCGACUCGGUGCGGGCGCGCGAGCGCGCCGAGAGGGACCGCCUGGCCGCGGAGGGUUGGGUUACUGUGCCGGAGGGGCUGCAAGAGAAGAAGGGGGUGGGGGCGGCGCUGAGUGCAGAGCAGAAGAUGAGGAUUCGGUUGGAGGGGGUUGCCGCGGGGGUGUUGGAUGUGUUGGGGGAGGUGGAGUGGGAGGGGCAGGGGCUGGCGGUGAGGUGUCUUGCGUUUGGGUACUUGGUGUUGAUGCUUGUGCCGGAGGUGCCGAGGCCGUGGUUGAGGGAGGUUAUGGAGGGGAGGUAUGGCGGGUUGUGUGAGUUUGUGAGGGGGUUUCGGGGGGAGGUGUUCCCUGAGGGGAGGAUGCUGCCGUGGGUGGAGGAGGGGCAGGAUGUGUCGGCGGUGGCGGUGGGGAUGAGGUUUGUGAGGGGGGUGUUGGGAGAGGUGCCGUUGGUUGGGGAGUAUUGGAGCCAGUGGUGGACGGCGAGGAAGAAGAGGGAGGUGUUGGCGAGUAGGGGUGCCAAGGUCGGGUCAAGCGGGGACCUGCUGCUGUUUCUCGGGGCCGGGCUGGGGCUGACGGCUAUGGGUGCCGGUGCCUUCUUCUACCGCGGCCUGCCGCCGUUUGGUGAGGCCGUGCAGGUCUGGAGAAAACCGGUGGUGUCAUUAAGCAGCUUUGGAGCGGCUGGCGCUAUGUUUUCAGGGGCACUUUACGGAAUCGAUUAGGCGGACAAAAGGUUAGGUCUGGCGUUUGGAGUGAUGACAGGCUGGGCUAAACAUAUUCCCCUCAUGAUGUACAUGUAUGUCCUUGCAUUUACCGGUUGCAUUUCGCGUGGUAUCUCGGCCCGGGUAGUCCAGCUUUUAUGCAGUUAUGACUGAGUCGAAGCUAUCCUCUUGAUAACGGCUUUAAGAUUAAGAGGCUGAUUUGAUCCAUUAAAUCCCCA